CAAGGGAAGAAAUACCGACUGCGUCACCUGGGCUAGUAAUAUUUCUCUAAUCCCAGUUCAACGAUGUUGCAUCUACUUUUAAUCGAACCUGCCCUUGCCUAAACUUGAUCACCACAUAUAUUGCCACUCAGCUACCUUAACUCCCUCGCGCUCUUAAUAAGCGACAACACCGCCCUCACAAGCCAGCGUACGGCCGCCAGAUCCUCGUUUGAUCUUCCAAGCCAAUGAAGAACGUGCGUCGUCGCCCACAGCAAAAGCAUCUUGCUCAGGUGUCUUCACAUACAGCAGCACCCUCCCACCCGCGCGACCCAGACAGACUGCGGCCCAGUCAUGGAGUCAAAACGACAUACGACUUUGAAUCGACACAGGUCAUGUUGGAGGACAUUCAACAUAUUCUCGACAAUGCAAAGGACUGCAAGGAAAUUUCACCCGCACUAGAUCAGCUUGUUGUUCUAUCAGGACAACAUCCUAACGCAUGGAAACCGCAUUUCAAAUCGAUUCUAGACUUGUUGGUGGGAUGGCACACAGAUCGGGGGACGAACGAGACUGUAAGGCGGCACAUUGCAGAUGCUCUCUCAUCUUUUUCAGCACAAUGGCGCGAAGUGGCAGGGUUUGGCCAGGAUCUUCUGGAGUACUUCAUCAAGGAUAUUGACACAGUUAUCAUGGACUCGACUCCAAGCGAUCUAUUGUCGUCAAUUGAUAUCAUACGCUUGCUGCUUAGCUCAUUUGAUAUUAUUGCCAAGGCUCUAAUUGCACACGCUUCGCAAGAACUGGAUCGAAUAGUACAUAUUCAACAGCGCGCUGUGAGCACGCUUACCAGCAUCAGAAAGCUGUCCAGCUCAUUGGACGCGGCAGGGAAUGAAAUUAUCCUCGCGCUGAGCCUUGCCGAGCCGUCGACAUUCUAUAAUCAACAACCGGUGGCUAUACAUUACCUCGCCUCCCAGUUCGAGAAUACACAGAUCGAUAAUGCAACGUGGACACAGAAGAUAACUAUCCUGAGAAAGAUUCUAGCAGCUUGGAAACCUAGAAUGCACCCUAAUGUUACGCUAGAGGCAGUGCAUCCAAAGGGCGAUUUGAUGCGUCUGCGCUGGCUUCUGCCGAUGAAAUCUACUUGCGCUCAGGAUUUACUCGAUAUUAUUCUCUUAUGCGUCCCUGGACCGGCGGUGGGCGCUUCCUUGGCGUCUCAUGAGUAUGCAGACACACCUUUGCAAACUUGGAGCAGCGUCAUGUAUGAGGUCGAUGCCAUCUUGCAAUCCUUGGCUUUGGGUAACUGCUUGUCGGAAACAGAGAGUCUGGGCUCCGUCAUAGAGGCCGCGGAAGCCGCCCGCAAGAAUGAACUGGAAAAUUCAAGGCUUAUAGGCACAAAAUACCACGGAACUCAGCGAGCGGAUUGCCGCCGUACUGGGGCAUCGACCAACACGUCGAUCUCAAAUAUGACGUUCGAUAUUCUGCUGCUCGUGGAGAUGGCCAAGUUAUGGCCAAGUGAAGCUGAUUUGAUCUUCAUACGCUUGCUGGGAACGUUGGAUAUUGUACCCGAAUCCCGCCUGGCAAUAGUUAUUCAAGCGCUUAGAGAGAUUUCUGCCAGUCAGGAGCAUUUUAUACCUGACUGGCUCAAUGUCGCUCCAGCGACCUCAAUUGACACGAACAGUCUGGAUGUCACUACUGCGGGGAUCUCGCUCAAGGCUGUCCAGACCCUUGUAGCCCACUGGAAGCUUUUUCCGCUGUCUAUAAAGCUAUGUAUAGUUAUUUGGGGCUCGGGUAUCUUGCAAGCCAUGCGACCUUACCGGGAUGCAUCAUCUGCUUCGAGAUCGUGGGUCAUUCUGAAGAGGGCUAUAUCAUCCAACCUCCAUCAGUUGAUAACAAUCGCAGGUGCCGACGAGGAUGAGCUGGUGCGCGGCUCAAUAGCGAUUAUCUUUGAGAGCUUUAUUGGUACUUUCGGCUCCUUCAGCCUCGGGCCCCAGUUCCUGGCUACCAUGACAGACAGGUCGCUUGAUAUUUCGCCCAUUGCAGGCGCAGUAUGGAAGAGGGUCGCCUUUCAGGCGAAUCCAUUUUCGUUUGCGUUCCAGUGCUAUGACAUUCCGGAGACAGACAUCAUCAGGGCAUUGAAGACCUUGGUCCUGAGGAGUCCCAACUCUGGAGUAUUUAGAUACCCACAUUUCUCCACCGUGUUUUCCGCAUUAGCGGCUGCCGAGGAGAACUUGGAACUCAUAGAUGUCGCUGAUAAUGAGAGCACUGGAUUCCCGCAAGAUGGAGACAUGUUACAGCGGCUCUUUCAUUCAUGCCAAGGACAAGACAUUCUCGCCAAAGUCAAUUCGGAGUAUGGAACAGAAACAAUUGCUACGGAACAAUUGGAGAUAUUCCAGCACUCGUUCAACCUCUUGAGGUAUUGGUCGCUGUGGGAAACCGCGAGAUACUGCGUGCUUUCGAGGCUGCGAACUCCAUUCGGAGGUCCGCAACAGACGCUGGACGCUCUGGAAAAACAACUCAACGCUCUCAUGCAGUCUGACCAGAAGUAUAUGGGAGACGCUUCAGGCAUAAUUGUUGCUGCGAGAAGCAGACAGAACAAAUUGCGUGAUUUCCUUUCGUUGUUGGAUCGAAUAGAGCUGCAGUUCUACAAUGCACAACAAGGAACAGCGCUUGGUGUGAUCCCUCUGGCACCGAAACCCAGUAUUAUGUUCGUCAGAUCCAACAAGAAAAUGUUGGAUGACUGGUUAUCACGCAUAAGGAGUCGUGUUGUUGCAGGAGCUAGAGCGAUUGGCGAACAUGAAAUUAUCAUUCGAAAUGGAUACAUGCUGCUGGUAGAACAAUUUAAUUCGCUUUGUCGAGGGGCUGUGAAUGACAUUCUGCCAUGGCUUGAUGAAUUCGAGCGCGUGUUGGUUUAUCUUGUCGAGGCACUGGUCGCAACGAAUAGUUCGGAUGCCAUCUCAGGGCUAUACGUAUGGUGUCGACGGGCCAUCAAAGAUAUGACUAGGCAGUCGAACUCCAGCAGAUCUAAAACUUCACGUUCGGAGCGUUCUACCCAAUAUCCAAGAUACAGAAAUGCUUGCCUUAACGAUGGCCAGGCCCUCGCUCUCUCACAAGUAUCGCUGGAUUGGAUCAACGUUGCUGUUCUGCAUGCUCAGAACCGGUACGAGCAAUCUGCAAAGGAAGCCAUGUCUUUGAUGGGAUCUUUUGCCGACAAUGAGAGCGCACCUGCAAAUUUUCUUUGCCAGGGGAUAUCAAAUAGCCUGAGCGAUCUUUACAGUUACCAACAACUGCAGAAAUUUAUGGACUCCAUUUCCAUCGAGACAUUCGCAAAGCAGACAAUGCUGUGGAGCGAUGAUACGCUAACCCUGAGUUUGAAGGAGUAUUGCAGCAAUGAAGGAACUAAGGCAUGGAAAUAUCUAGAGGGGUUUUAUGGAACGUUUGGUAAGGAACGGACAACGCCGGACAUGUUUGCGUUUGAUCGAAGUGGACUGGUGGGGCGGAACUAUCUCUUUGCGACCAAGGUGCAUCAGCAAUCCGGACUGCAGCCAAUAGAGCUGGAUCGUAUUCGGCAGCAAGCACUGCAUAUCCUAGAGCCAUCAGCAGAGUUUCUGAUGUACAAUGGGCUGGAGCACGCUAGCGCGACCUUGCUUGAUGCCAUGAUGCUCAAAACUGCGACGUCUGCGACUCCUCUGGCGCUCAAGGAGUUCAUGGACCAGCUGGCUCUAGUUCCGGACGAGCUGAGAAUGAAUAUGUUUCACAAGGAUCUUCGGUACUGGGUACGCCUGGAUGCUCUGGUUAACUUGGCCAAGAGGCAAGUGCUAGAUGAGGAUUCGUUGGUUCGUAAGCAAUCGAAUGAGUUCAAAUUCUUGCUAUCCAAGAUCGCCCGUCGGUCUGAAUGCCACGACUUCGCCAGCAGCAUCACUCGGACCUGGGAAGGAGCGCUCUCACCAGAGAUUCAAUUUGAAGAGGCAAAAGCUGCAGUGGCUAAGCACGACUAUUCAGCAGCGCUCAGCGCUUCAAACCGAAUCUUGGGCAGAAUCCAGUCUUCUACGCAGACGGCAGGGGGCGACCAGACGAUGGCUGUGUUUCAGAGCAAGAUCUAUCUCAAGAUGGCGAAAUGGUCACGCUCAACAAAACCCCAACUUUCAGAGGGCAACAUCAUGGCGUUUGAGGAUAUCUUGAGCCUGGAGCACGAGACAACGCAUUCCGUGCAGGCAAGGGUUGAAUCCAUCACAGCCACCUGUCUGCAGAAGGCUAUCGAAGUUGGAACCAACUACAGGAAAUCUUGGUUCGCAUAUGGCACACACCACUACAAACAAGGGUGGGGUAUCUUGGAUGAGCUUGGGUCGUUUCGGUUCCAUCAUCCAGUGGCCAUGGUCGCGAAUGACACACUUAAAAGCAUUUUGGAAAGAUCUGGGGUGGAAAAAUUAGAGGAGCACUCCAAGGACAUUUUCUGUGUCUUUGUCAAGCACUGUGCUUCAGGCCAGCCUUUCGACGAACCAACGGUGUAUGAGAGCAUCCGCGUUCAUUUAUUGAAGAUCGAUGAGAUAGCAGCGUCAGAGAACGCAAUGGUCGAGAUUGUUAAAUUGUUCCAGACGCUACUUCAGCAGAUCCUUGAGGCGUAUCGUCUUGCGAUCCACGGCUACUUUCGGUUCCUUCAGUUUGCAGCGUUGGAGUUCGAGUGCCAUAAGCCAAAGACAAAGACCACGUCCGGGGAGGAGGAGGCAGAGAUUGAAUUAUCACAUUUAGCCGUGUCAGACGAAAUUACGGCGACACUGCGAUUAUUACGACUCCUUGCCAAACAUGGUGGACAGCUCUACGACGCAUUCCAUGAGAACCUGGUUGGCAUCAAUGUCAGUCCAUGGGCCAACAUCAUCCCUCAGCUAUUUGCCCGCCUCGACCACCCCGAGAAACCGGUCCAGACUUUGAUCGCGGAUCUUUUGUGCAAGAUUGGAGAACAGUAUCCACAGCUCAUCGUCUUCCAUUGUGUCGUCGGCGCCAAUUCGGCUCACAACAGUGCCUGUCAGCGACGACUAUUGUGCUCCAUCGGUGACUUCUUGAAUAAGUCGCAUCCGGAACUGGUCUUGCAAGUCCAACACUUGAUUCGGGAGUUGGAGAGAAUCACAGUCCUGUGGGAGGAAGUCUGGUACAAAAAGAUGAUGGCUGGCCUACCGGAGCUGAAGAAUACGCUACAGGAGCUGACAGAGCAGUAUCAGGGACUGGAUGCGAUUUCAGGGUUGAGCGUAGAAGAUAAGGAUGCGGUUAUGUCGGACAAUUACCAGCAGUCUGUGAUCCCUCUGCUAGCAACAUUUGAGAGCCUGCAGGACUCGAACGCAACCCCGGAAUCGAACCAUGAGCGCUGGUUUAUCUCGAUGUUCAGGAGCAGAAUACAAGAGGCGUUGGAGUGCUUGCGAUCACCUAAGGCUUGGAGCAACCUCUUUGAAGGCUUGGGCAUGCUCAAGGAGAUCUACAUAGACCUCGGAAAGGAGCUCUCUGGAACCAGAGUCCUGCAACUGUCUAAUCUGAGCCCGGAGCUGGCCUCCAUCCAGUCGUCGCUCAUCGAUAUCCCAAGUCCUAGCCAUGAGUCUGGAGUCACCAUCCAGUCCUUUGAGCAACAAGUGGUCGUCAUCCCGACAAAGACCAAGCCCAAGAAGUUGACUCUCGUCGGAUCAGAUGGCAAGCGCUACACCUAUCUGUUCAAGGGUCUUGAGGAUCUUCAUUUGGACGAGCGUGUGAUGCAGCUUCUUCGCAUCACAAAUGGAAUGCUGCAGCGGGACAAAGAAUCGAACUCGAGGCAACUGAGCGCGCGUCAUUAUGCAGUGGUGCCUCUCAGCGACAACUCGGGCAUGAUUCAAUGGGUGGAGAAUACUGUCUCGAUCUUCACCAUUAUCGCCAAGUGGCAACAUCGGGAGCUAAUGUGGGCACGAUGGAUGAACGAUGACACUCCGGCAGGAACCCAUCAGGCACCUCAGCGUGCUACAGAGAUUUACCAUGAAAAGGCGGCUGCUGCGCUAAAGAGGGCUGGUCAGCCGUCCAAUCUCCCCAGGCGACAAUGGCCAAAGUCGAUGCUACUGGAUCUGUAUCAUGAGAUGGCAAACGAGACACCUGCGGACUUGCUGGAGCGCGAGAUCUGGACCUCAAGCCCUACUGCGGAGGAAUGGUGGCGGAAAUCGGUCCGUUUCGCAAGAUCGACCGCUGUGAUGUCCAUGAUCGGCUACGUGAUUGGAUUGGGGGACCGGCACUUGGACAAUAUCUUGAUCGACUUCACGACUGGCGAUUUAGUUCACAUCGACUACAAUGUUUGCUUUGAAAAAGGCAAGCGGCUGCGAAUCCCGGAGAUUGUCCCCUUCCGACUGAGUCGAAACAUGUUGACGAGUCUGGGAGUGACAGGAGUCGAGGGCAACUUUAGGAUUGGCUGCGAGCAGACCAUGAAGGUGAUGCGGAAAAAUAAGGAGAUCUUGGUUACGUUGCUGGAGGCAUUUGUCUACGAUCCGUUGGUUGACUGGCAAAUAGAGGCAACAGCUCCGCAAGGCGGUGCCGGCGGUGCUGGAGUUGACGUAGGACAAGGACACCCGCGCGAGGGCCAUCAUGGACUUGCCGCUGAAAGCGAGAGCGAGAGCAGCAAUAUAUCUGGAGUCAAUCAGCAGGAUUCGAGGUCGUCCUUUGAUAAUAGCAUCUCGACACGUUCACGUAGUAGUCGACGCCGCAUGUCGAAUGAAAGUCUUGCGUCGAUAAGCAGCAUAAGCAUCAAGUCUACAGCAACAGUCGACUCUUCGUCGAAGCGGUGGAGCACCACAGGAGGGGACCAGGCAGAGCUGACACCGUCAUUGGCCGCAAUGAAUCUUGCGAAUGGAACAAGUGUCAACCAGGCGCAACAACAACAGCAUCAAGGCCAACAAAUACAACCGCACCAGCGAAACGCAUAUGCAGUGCAUAUCUUGCGACGCGUUCGGCACAAGCUGGAAGGUCGUGACUUUGAGGCGGUGAAGAAGUGCAAGGUGACGGAGCAAGUCGACCGUGUUAUCCAGGAGGCAACCAGUGUCGAUAACCUUGCGAACAUGUAUGAAGGGUGGACGCCCUGGCUUUGAGAGAACGGCACUUUUAUUACUACCUAUCAGUCUACCACCUCUUGUAUUUGUAUUAUUGUUAUUACUAUUAUCUUUAUAACGACAGAAAUAAAACAAGC